AUGAGGUAUGUUUCGGCAUAUAUGCUGGCGGCAAUGGGUGCCAAGCACCAUCACAUAACAGCGCAUGAUAUUGAAAGUAUCCUCGGAUCAGUGGGCGUCAUAUGCCAACGUGAAAAAGCCGAGGAAGUGGUCAAGAGAAUGCACGGAAAAACGCUGGAGGAGUUGAUAGAGGAAGGUGCAAAAUAUCUCUCCAUGUCGGCCGUUCCUGCAACAGCAGCAAUUGGUAAUUCUUUCGUAUGUCAUUUUCUUGUUUCUGUUUUCUCAGUAGCAGAAUCAAGAAGCUGA